UUAUUUUGAAAGGAACAGCCGGAUGUGACAGUACUAACGGAAACAUUAACCAACACGUUAACGGGCGGAACUCACAUUAUUCAAUUAUUCAGUUUAAUGGGAGGUUAAUGAUGUCUUAUUGUUUUACCUGCUCGAAAAACACCCAAAGAAAGUGUACUCAUUUAUUUGGGCCAUGGUGGUUGUACAGCCUGACCGCUGCAGGAAGGAAGGACCUGCAGUUUCUCUCUCUCCCUGUGAGACAUUGCGGGACAGCAGCCUGUCGCUGAAGGAGAGAUCAUUGAAGUUGAAGCAGAAGACACCGAAGUAAUGAAACAUGGCUUCUACAACACAGUCAGCUGUAGAGUACGUCGGGGGGGCCAGAACCCAUCUUGUGAACAAAUUAAAGAAUCUGUCAGUGAUUCUAGAGAACUUGAAUCAGCAAGGAGUGUUACGUGAUGAAGAGGUCUGCAUAAUACAAGCAGAAGGGAAUGACUACGAUAAAAACAGAAAACUUCUAGACUCUGUAACCAAAAAGGGGGAAGCAGCCACCUAUAUAUUCCUCGAAAUUAUUGACAUGAUGAGGAAGAGGACCCUGGGGAGGACAUCCCUUCUCCCUGAGAAACAGACUGUAGCUUCUGCUGAGAGUGAGACGUUCGACCUGCACCACUGGAUCAGCUGCUUCCCUUUCAAGGAAGACCCACAAAUGGGAAAAAACUACCAACAAGGUCCAACACCGUGCCACCGUUACCAGGCAAAGUUGAAGUCAAAAGCACAAAAAAUAUCAAAAGCGUUUUGGACGGCAAACAAAGGUCUGUUUGAAGAAAACAAGAAGCCUGAUCUGUCGUACAUGCCACUUGUGUUGGACACACAAGGAAGUGUUUCUCCCUCUAAAAUAAAGAAAUGUAAGGGCAAGAAAAGCAAGUGGGGCCGUUCUAAAAAGCUAGGGAGCUACAUCCCUAAGGACAAAGCAGACAUUUCUCCCAGUGACCUGCUUAAAACAGAUAAAAACAUACUCUUGGUUGGUAAGUCUGGGAUUGGAAAGACAGCACUCACUCAUGAAAUGUUAAAACUCUGGACAGAAAAAGAUGACAAGGAGCUAAACUACAUGUUUUACUUUGACAUGAGAAAAAUAUCCAACAUCAAGAGCCUGGAGGACCUUCUCUUCAAUGAGUUCAGUGAGCCAGAUGAAGGCAAAGACGAGGUCUUACUGGACAUAAAGAAUAACUCUGACAAUGUUACACUCAUUUUUGAUGGAAUCACAGAUCUGUCUUCACCAGUAGUGCAGAGACUUGUAGAUAAAGAUUUGCUAAAGGAUUCCAUGGUCGUUUUGACUUGCAGACCAGCUGAUGAAGACCACCUUGAAGAAGACCUUCCUUCUGAGGACUUUCUCAGAGUGGAAGUGAAAGGCUUUAGUGAGCAGACCAUAACAACAUACAUAUCUGCGAUGCUACGUGAAAGAAAGGAGAGGGUUUUGAGCAGCUUGGAGUUGUUAACGCUUUGCCAUGUACCGAUGUAUGCACUGAUGGUGGCUGCAUGCUUUUCAUUUGAGAUAUCAGAGAACUUUCAAAAGCCUUGCUGUAUAACGGAUAUCUACAUCAACAUUUUCCGUUUUUGCCUCAAAAGAAACAGCAACAACACAAAAUACAUAUAUGCCUUCAUCGAAAGCAAGAGUAAGGAGAUACUGUCUUUGGCUGAGGUUGCUUUUCAUGCAACUGAAGGGAAAACUGAACCUGACACUACGUCCCUUUGAACACAGCUGUGUCCUCUCCUUGCUCAAACAACUUGUUAUCAAAGACGACCCUACUGAGAGAAUAACCACUUAUGCAUUUCUCCAUUACACAAUGCAGGAGUUUUUUGCAGCACUGUGGCUCUUGAAGAAUCCAGAUGUAAUCACUAAUGUUUUUCAGCACUUUUUCUCACUGAGGAGAAGAAGCACAUGAAACAUCUGAUCCCUUACAUGUGUAGAUUGUUGUCUGAGAAGAGCCGUAGUUUGAUGGAGUGUCUGAUUCCUCCUGAGGAGCUCAAGAAUACAUCAAACGGGUUCUGCAAGGAAGUGACAUCCACAUUCCUUCCGAGUCUGUGUGGAAACGAUGAGCCUGAUACCGAGGACAGUGGGCGCAUACUGUUCCUAUGCCAGUGCUUGUAUGAGUCCCAGUGUCCUGAAGCAUGCAUCGACCUUCUGGAAAAACUGGACUAUCGUCUUGAUCUCAGUGGAGAGAGUCUCGAUCCUUACCCCUGCUGUGCUGUGGCCUACGUGAUCACUCAGUCCAAGGAGAGGAACAUAUGGCUGAACCUUGAGGACGUCACGAAAUCACAACAAGGAAUGAGACCACUAUUAGGAUGCCUUCAAAACGUCCAAUGGUGUGAUUCUCUGCCACGGCAGCUGUGGGAGAUCUUCCUUCUCAGCGAAGGGGAGAUGGACUGCAUCACCUUACUUGGCCUUGAUGGAAAUCAGUUGCACCUUCCAGUGGGGGGGGACAGAAAGCUGUUUGAAAGAGCAGUGACAGUCCUGCAGAAGAUAUAUAAGAAGGUUAACAUCUGCCUCCACUGGGAAAAGGAGAACCCUGACUGCCACAGUCUGUGUGAGACUCUGCCAGAGGCUCUGCCCUACGUCAGCUCCCUCAGCUUCAGGAGGACCUACGGAGGUCCAGGAUUACAGGACCAGGAGCGACGCUAUGAGAAACUGAAGAGACAAGAAAAGAAGCUGUGUCUGGAUUUAUGCCUGAAAGCAGCUACUCUCAUUCAAGGAGAAAGCGUUCACAAUGAAGUGAACAACCUCAUCUCUCUGUUUUCCUUUAACUAUGAUAUGCAUAACAUCCUUCUGGAUUUUUAUCAACAUGUCAAAACUCAAGAGAGUUCAGCUGUCAUUCAAAAACUGAAGUCAGUUCUCCAGUCAGCUCCUGCAGUCUGGAUCAUAAACCUCUCAGAGAGAAAGACCUCCAUCCUGCUGGAAGUGCUGAGACUCCAACCAGAGAAGAAACAAGUGAGGCUGAGAGGCUGCUCAGAGGAAGAGAGUGAAGUGAGGACGUUGCUGCAGUGUCUGCCUUAUAUCUCACAGCUCAGUUUCUGGUUUGGACGCUCAGAUGAACGCUCAGGUGAAGGCUCAGAUGAACGCUCAGAUGAACGCUCACGUGGAGUCCAGUUCUUUGGGACUCUGUUCUGUGCAGCAGCAGAGAGAGAGCAGCAGACAGGAGAGAAGACACUGCAGCUGUUAUCAUCAGUGUGCACAUAUCCUACAUUCCCUCUGACUGACAAACGGGGUUAUUAUGAUAAAGAAUAUCAGGGUGGUUUCCUGCUGGAUCUGUACUCCCACCUGAAGGACUGUGAGACUAAAACAGGUCUGAGUGUCCUUCCAUCAUUACAGUCAGUUCUCCAGUCAGCUCCUGCAGUCUGGAUCAUAAACCUCUCAGAGAGAAACACCUCCAUCCUGCUGGAAGUGCUGAGACUCCAACCAGAGAAGAAACAAGUGAGGCUGAGAGGCUGCUCAGAUGGAGAGAGUGAAGUGAGGACGUUGCUGCAGUGUCUGCCACAGAUCAGUUUCUCAGAACACUAAACACAAUUCACAAAACCACACACCCAAAGUGCAAAACACCUCAUUUCUCCUGCUAAGUGAAGAACUGCACUCAAAACUACAUAAACACUUACCAAAUGCAAACUGAAGUGCUGAGACUCCAACCAGAGAAGAAACAAGUGAAGCUGAGAGGC